AAAGAAAAAAUGUCCUUGGGUAAGGAUUAGGGGGAAAAAAAAAGAAAGAAAGAAAGAAAGAAAUGGAAAUGAUGGGCCAGGAAGACAAACUUGUCCAUCCUCAGCUAACUUGUUAAGCUGCAAGGCCUGCUGCCCCAGUGCCGCCGCUGCCACCGCCAUGGCCCCGCAGCAGCUCUUCCGUGCGCUGGUCUCUGCGCAGUGGGUGGCGGAGGCGCUGCGCGCCCCGCGCGCCGGGCAGCCCCUCCAGCUGCUGGACGCCUCCUGGUAUCUGCCCAAGCUGGGCCGCGACGCGCGCGUCGAGUUCGAGGAACGGCACAUCCCGGGCGCCUCCUUUUUUGACAUCGACCAAUGCAGCGACCGCACGUCGCCCUAUGACCACAUGCUGCCCAGUGCGGCGCACUUCGCCGAAUACGUGGGCCACCUGGGCGUGGGUGCCACCACCCACGUUGUGGUGUACGACGCCAGCGACCAGGGCCUCUACUCUGCGCCACGCAUCUGGUGGAUGUUCCGCGCCUUCGGCCACCACACAGUGUCCUUGCUCGACGGCGGCCUCCGCAACUGGCUGCGCCAGGGCCUGCCGCUGAGCUCUGGCAAGAGCCGCGCGGUGCCCGCCGAGUUCCGAGCCACACUGGACCCCACCUUUGUCAAGACGUACGAGGAUGUCAAGGAGAACAUCGAAUCCCGGCGCUUCCAGGUGGUGGACGCCCGCGCCGCCGGCCGCUUCCGGGGCACCGAUCCCGAGCCCCGAGAUGGCAUUGAACCUGGCCACAUCCCCGGCACUGUGAACAUCCCCUUCACGGACUUCAUGACCAGCGAGGGCAUGGAGAAGAGCCCCGAGGAGAUCCACCGCCUGUUCCAGGACAAGAUGGUAGACCUGGCCCAGCCGCUGGUGGCCACGUGUGGCUCCGGCGUCACAGCCUGCCACGUGGCCCUGGGGGCCUACCUCUGCGGGAAGCCUGAUGUGGCCAUCUAUGAUGGCUCCUGGGUGGAGUGGUACAUGCGGGCCCAGCCCGAACACGUCAUCUCCGAGGGCCGGGGCAAGACCCGCUGAGCUGGGCAACAUGCAACGCAGGACGCUCCGGUGAUGCCCAGCCCCCAGCCGUGCCUCGCUGGGCUGUCCUGAGGCUGUUUUCACCAGAAGAGCAUUUCCUCCUGCAACUCAGGUGGCGCACGGGGUGACAUCCCAGAAGCCAGGAGCUCUUUUUGACGUGUGUGGGUUCCCCGUGGUGGCAGAAGCGAAGGUGGCGGUGGGCUCAGGGGAAGGGGAGCCACCCACCUGGUACUGAGCUGGGCCCCGGCUCCCUUCCGUUUUCUGGUUGAGGAAAUAAAACAGCUAACGGCUAAA